AUGCUUCUGAGCUUUCAUCACACAGAGCCAAGGAACAGAAGUAUAAUAAAGCCUACAGAGUACACAACACUAGAAGAUGCACUGGAAAUGCCAAACAUAGAGGAAGUAGACAGCAUGCCCAGUUUUUCUGUUUCAGAGCACAGUGAGUCUGCAAAGCUAGAGGAGAUAGGCGCAGACAUACUGAACAAACUGUAUGCUACAGACUCUGCACCAGCGGCUAGCAUUAAAUGCAAAGGAAUAUCACGAGAGGAGUACAGAUUCUGA